CCAGAGGAGUUCAUCGUUUCAAAAUAGACGAUCUCCAGCGUGGCCAUAAGUGGAUACUGUUGUCUCCUCUUCAAAAGAACAUUGCCUUGGUUAAACUUCAACUCGGGGUCAGUUUGAGUUUUAUUCUCCUUGACGCCGGCAGCAUCCUCCCAGGAGCUGGAAAAGGACGGAGCAUAAAGAAGCGCACGCACGUUAAAGUGAAAGCAGUUACUGCAAUGACCCAGAAGAGAUAAUCACCCUGACUCAGCACAUCUAGACCUGCUUCCUCUGCCAUGGAAGAAGUGACAGACAGUGAAGGCGUGGCGGCCAGCGAGGAUCCAGAAUCACCGCUGACCUACAAGGUCGACCGCCCGGUGUAUGAUGAAACCUUCAUCAGGCUGCAGCUUCUCCACCAUAAAGAAAAUUCCACCACCCUGCGAGAGAGGCUGGCAAAGCAUUUCCGAUGUUCUUCACAGAGGGCCAAGGCUGCCGUUCUCAGCUGCCUGCCUAUCCUGACAUGGCUGCCGUCCUACCCAGUCAAGAAAUACCUGUUUUCAGAUGUGGUCUCAGGUCUCAGCACCGCGGUCGUGCAGCUCCCUCAAGGUCUCGCUUACGCGCUGCUGGCUGCCGUGCCUCCUGUUUAUGGCCUGUACUCAUCGUUCUACCCCGUGCUGCUCUACACCUUCUUUGGAACCUCCAGACAUGUAUCUAUAGGUACUUUUGCUGUCAUCAGCCUGAUGAUCGGGGGUGUUGCUGUUAGAGAAGCCCCAGACUCCAUGUUUUCUGUCCAGCCUUCAAACGGAUCCAACAUUACCUUCAUCAACGAGACAGCCCGUGAUGCCAGGAGGGUCCAGGUGGCUGUGGUGCUCACGACCCUGGUGGGAAUCAUCCAGAUUCUCUUAGGUCUCCUCAGGUUUGGCUUUGUGGCGAUCUACCUCACAGAGCCCCUGGUGCGAGGCUUCACGACGGCAGCGUCCAUGCACGUGGUCAUCUCCCAGCUGAAGUACUUGCUGGGGGUGAAGACAAAGCGUUUCAGCGGGCCUCUCUCUGCUAUUUACAGUGUCAAGGCGGUGCUCAGUGACCUCACCAGCACCAAUGUGGUUACCUUCGUCCUGGGCCUGGUGUGUCUCAUCUUCUUGUUCGUGAUCAAACAUCUCAACGAACGCUUCAAAAAAAAGCUGUUUGUUCCCAUUCCUGGGGAAAUUAUUGUGGUCAUCGUGGCGACCAGCGUCUCGUACGCCAUCUCGCUGUCCGAGGAAUACCACGUGGAAGUGGUGGGGCACAUACCGACAGGGCUUCUCCCGCCUACUGCCCCCGACUUCUUGCUGUUACCCAACAUAAUCACAGACUCCGUCGCCAUAGCGAUCGUAGGAUUCUCAAUGGACAUUUCACUUGCCAAGAUUUUUGCCCUGAAGCAUGGCUACAGCGUGGAUGGCAACCAGGAGCUCAUUGCCCUCGGCCUGUGCAACUUCGUCAGCUCUUUUUUCCAAACAUUUGCCAUCACUAGCUCCAUGUCUAGGAGCCUGGUCCAGGAGAGCACAGGAGGGAAAACAGAGAUUGCAGGACUGGUGGCGUCUCUGGUGGUACUAGUGGUGGUGGUGGCUGUCGGUUUCGUCUUCCAGCCGCUCCCUCAGACCGUGCUGGCUGCCAUCGUCAUGGUCAACCUGAUGGGGAUGUUCCGCCAGUUCAGAGACAUCUGUCGCCUGUGGAGGACCAGUAAGAUUGAACUGACCAUCUGGCUCGUAGCCUUCGCAGCAUCUGUGCUGCUCGGCCUGGAUUACGGCCUCCUUGUUGCCGUUGCGUUCGCCAUACUGACUGUGAUUUACAGGACACAGAGCCCAAGAAGUGGAGUGUUGGGGCACGUUGCUGGUACAGGCCUGUACUAUGAUGUGAAUGAAUAUGAAGAGGCUGCUGAAUAUGAGGGGAUUAAGAUUUUUCACUCCAACUCUUCAAUCUACUUUGCCAACAGUGACCUUUAUAUAAACGCCCUCAAGGAGAAAACUGGAGUAAACCCUGCACAGUUACAAGCUGCCCGGAAAGCCCAGAAAAAGAAAAAGAAGGCCAACAGUAAGCACAACUCUCCACUCAAGAUCUGUGUCAAGUACAAAAAGCAGGGAGUGACUCACGAGGUUGCGGAGGAGAAGAAUGGCCAGCUGCAGGACAAACACGGGUCCGACUCGGAAGACGCCGACUUCCUCGAACCCCUCAGCGCCGUUCACUCUAUCAUCCUGGACUGGACAUCUGCCAAUUUCAUCGAUUCAGUUGGAGCCAAAGCCAUCAAACAGGUUAUUAAAGAAUAUGAAGCUGUGGAUGUGCGGGUGGUCAUAGCCGGCUGCAGCAGGACUGUGUUGGCCGAGCUGGACGCGUUGCAGUUCUUCACCGACGGCAUGAGCACAGGCAUGUUGUACCCCACGGUCCACGACGCAGCGCUGCACUGUCAAUGUCCAAACACUGCUCCAGUCAAUGAAACAGUUGUAUAAGUCACAGCUGUAACAAGAACAAAUCAUAGCAGGGUCGUGACUUGGACAGCAGAUGUGGGAAGACCCCAAAAACGGCCAGUUGGAGCAAUCUCCAGCAUCACCCUACAAAUGAACAAUCAUUCACACUGACCAGAGGUGCUUGCUGACCUGACAGCUGUUACACUUUAAGUGCCCAAAGAAGUUAAAUAAGUUUUUAUCCAAUCACAAGUCAGUUGACAUUCCUACACUCAAACAAAUCCAAGGUUGCACAUAACUUAAAUAGAUCUAAUUCAGCAGUUAGAUGUUAGAAUGUUAUGAGCAACCUUCCCAUUUUUGAGUGUGUGCAGUCUCCAAUAGGGGAACUAAACUGCAGUUUUAAUGUUUUUUUUGUGGUUCUGUUUUAAAUGUAAAAAAAUGCUGUCGCUGCUGUGACAGAUUUUUUUUUAGUACAAACCUGUAAAACUGACUGGAAACUAUUAUGAUCACGUGUCCUGAUUGAUAUAUUUUAUUGUUCGCUGUAGUGUUGUUGAACUAUUUAAACCAGCAGGAAUGACACUUUCAAUUUGUAGGAGUAUGUUUGUUGUUACAGUCCAUUUGCACUAAAACAUUAAGACACACUGUCAGACAUUUUUAGGAAGAAAAUUGCUUUGUUUGUGCUGUUACUGUAAAAACAGGAUGCCUUCAAGUUACUAUUCUUUGCAUAUACAGUAAAUAAAACACUUGAACCAGGAA